GUUCCUGUUGUUUUCUCUUUUGAAGAAAAAAUAUGAUCUGUGAUCUUGAUUGAAUUCCUUGGCUUUCUUCUCUGUAUUUGUGUUUAUAAAGAUGGGAUCUUUUUAGUUCAUUACAUAGUUUCUUUUUUAUUUUUUAAGAUGAUCAUUUAGAAGAAAUGUCUUCCUCAUACAAAGAAGCUAAUGGAUCAUUAUCAAUUAAAAGGAAAGGCUAUGGAAGGAAAAAUAUGUACAAGUAGCCAAACUCAUGAUAACCAUGAUGAUGAUGUAAAAGAAGUUGCAGCUGAGAACUUGGACAAGGAACCCUCGAUUGGGGAUGUAAUUUGGAUCAAGCUUCCUAGGAGCUUGUGGUGGCCUGCAGUGGUUGUUGGUAACAAUUUCGACAAGGGCAAUAGAUCUGGUGAUAGAUUAACGGGGAAUGUUCGUGUUAGGCUCUACGGGAGCUAUAAAUACAUGUCUGUGGAUCCUUUUAAAUGGCAUUUUGAGUUUCAGAUUAUUCUCAAGCAGAACAAUGGCUGUUAUCAAGAAAUAUUUAGGAAAUCUUUGGAGCAGGACCAAUCUGGGUCAAAAUCUGGUCAAGUAAAAAGGAAAGUAUCCAAGUCUAAAGAUAGUUUUGAAGAUGUUCUUUCAUCACCGCAUAAUCAAAUCCACAUGUCAUCCUUGGACUACUUUUUCAGCUUCUUUUUUCUUCAAAUUGGAUAUUCUUAUUCAUAUGCACCGGUGCAUCUAGGCAGCCCUGACAGCUUCCGGCCCGGAAAUAUAACCAGUUUCGGUCCUGAAGUGGGGGAAGGGGCCUGGUUCCGGUCCUAGUUCAACCCAUUGGAGACAGGACUGGAACAGCCGAUUCGGUUCUAGAUUUGGAACCAUUUAAAGAAAAAAAAAACAGCUAGCAGCAAUAGCCGCAUUUGUGGCCGCAGCUGCCUGACAGCUUUAUUAUUGUGUGAAAUUGCCACAUCUGUGAAAAGAAUUUUGGAAAUAAAUUUUUGUGGGAAAGUGAUAAAAUUUAAUGUAUAAUUUAUUCUUGUUUCAAUUGCUAAUUCGGGACCGAGACUGUUGGUUACAGUUUGGUCUGAACGAACUUGAAACCUUAACCAUGAUUAUUCCAGUCGGCUCUAGUCUGCUUUUGAACUGCAGAAACAACUGGUUCUGUUUCCAGUUCUAGCUCUGGUUUUGACCUGUCUGGUUCAGGGUCACAUCUGUACCUUGGUCGUGCCUACUUAGGACUAGAUGUUGUGGCUUGGAGUUUGAUAAUUCUGUCUUAAGCUUAUUGAUUUGACAUGUAUAUUUACGUCACAAAGAAAGAUUAGAUUUUGCAAUUUGUGUUGUAAAGAUAUUGAGAAACCCGAGCAUCAUGGGAUAAAAAGGAAACUCAAAUUAGGCAGCCCAAACACCAAGAAGAAUU